AUGAAUGAUUUGGACAAAUUGAUGAAAUCAAAUGAUGGUAUUUUUAAACAAUUUUUAUUUCCUAUGUUGGAUGAUAUUCUAAAAUUUAUUGAUACUAAGAAUGUGGGAAGAGGUGGUAAAACUGUUGAUCCUGAUUUAAAAAGUAAAAUUGAUCGUUUUCGUAAUCAAAUAUCCGAUGUGAUGGAAGAAACUGGAUGCAUUGAUUUAUAUGAUGAUAGACAAAUGUUUUGUGACUUUAAAAUUUUUCAACAAUCUGGUGAAAACAGUAAUGGUGGUGUUUUGAUUUUGGUACGGAAUGGAAUUAUGGUAAAAAGAGUAGAAUGUAAGCUACCUAAUGUAUGUGUCAUUGAUGCUGAGUUAGAGGAAGAUCUUAGAAUAAUAGGUGUAUAUGCGCCUGAUAGUCGUUCAUGGAGUUGGGAGGAUCUAUCUCCUUUUGUUAAUGAUAAAAUUGUUGUAUAUGGUGAUUUCAAUGUAGAUUUAGAGCAAGAUGGUGUUGUAGCUGACAAUUUGUUGGAUUGGGCUGACUCAUUGUUUUUAUCUCCUUUUGUACCUGAUGAUCCUACUUCUCUUAGAUCAGAUAGAAAGAUUGAUUAUGCUUUUUUAAAUAUUAUUAGAAUUGACGUUCAAACGCAUAAAAUGAAAACUACUAGUGAUCAUUGUCCAGUAAUUUCAGUUCUAUCUAUAAAAUUUUAUUUACAGAAUAUACAUUUCAAUUUUGCGAAAAGUGUUGGUGUUUUGAAAAUGUUGAUGUUUCCUAUAAUGAUUAUAUUCAAUUUCUUUAUCUUCUUACAGCUCGUUGUACAGUAAUUUUUCCGUUGAGCAAAUAUGAAAUUGCUAUUCCGUCUUAUAUACGUUGCUCUAUGUCUUAUGUACGAGCUCUUUCUUUUCGUCAGAAGAGAACUAAAAGCUUAGAUUUAAAACGAGAAGUAUGUUACUUACGGAAAAUUAAUAAAAAUGAACUAAAAUUCUUUUUAUCUUCUCAACUGUCUUAUGCUAUUCAACUAAGACCUACAAAAUCUCCUAUAUCUGUCUCUUUUUGGUCAAAUGCUAAACGUUUUAUUAAACCAACUUCAUCCUCUCUUCAUGGUUUUAUUGUUUCUUCAGGUGCAAUUGUGAAUGAUUCUAUUGGA